CUCACUCUUUGUCUCCAUUACUUGAUGCUUCUUGCUUCUUACUCUUCACCGAUCUACUCCACCCUUUUUCGCGUCAUUCUCCCCAUGAAAUUAUAUCUCCGUCCAUCCUUCCGCACCUUGUAAAAGCCUCCGUCCCGCUCUCUGCUUCCUGUUCCGCGCUGCCACACUCCACCUUUUCCCCCUCUGCUUGGCUCGUUCCUCCAGCCCUGACAUCAAUCUCUUCCACCAUUCCUGAACAUUGCUACCUCUCCCGUGCCAAAGCCCUUCCAUACUCCCGUCUCCCGUGCUUGCGAACACAAUCGUUUCCAUCUCCAGCCAUCCGGAAGCGCUCUCUCGUCCGCACGAACUUACAGCCCCAGUGACGUUGGAAUGGCAGCCGACACCACCGUCUCAGACCCAGCAAACGCGACGAACUACCAUCCCCCGAAGGCUGUGCCGCACCUAGGAGAGUCGCUCGAUAGCACGGGCAAUGGAUCGCUAUUAAAGCCCCGGGGAUCGAGCCCUUCAGAUACCUCUGCCGUGUCUAUACCUCCACCUGGCUCGAUCCUGACCGGCAAGCAAGAGCAUUACCUCAAACGACAACUGCUCUCCGAGCAAGUCGAGCAUGAAAUCCAAGAACUCUCGUCCAACACCGCCCUCCAGCGCUUCGGCGCCCCUUUCCGAUCGGACGCCGGCGAGGUGCCGCCCAAGGACUCCGAACUACCGAUACUAAGAUACGUAUUUGUCCACCAUGUGCGGAAUUUUCCGUUCCUCGACCAGGCACGAGAGAAGGAGUUUUGGCAGGACAAGCUUCAAGUGUUCCUCGAAUCGUUUGCGAACAAACAUAUUUCGUCUUCGGAGGAUCGGCUCGAGGAGACGAAGCGGAAGAAAUUGGCGGUGAAGGCGGAGAAGAUCGUCGAGUUGAUGAUGGUGUCCGGGCUGCCGACCGCAUCGGGGUAUGAGGAGCGGAUCCGGUUCGCGGAGAUCGAGGUGGUGGACCGGGGAGCGAAUGAGCUCGGCCUCAUGGCGAAUGCGCCGCACGGGCAUGCAAUUCACGGUUGGGAUGUCAAUGUUGCUGGCGUACGAGUAACGUCGGUCAAGAGACAUGUCAGAUACCAUCAGCAUGCGGAGUAUAUCCUCAGAGUCAAGCGAGAGGGAAAACCCGACAUCUAUGUUGGACGACGAUACGACGAGUUCGUCCACCUCCACAAGCGGAUCCGAAUGGGACUGCCUGGGAAGGUAUUAACCCCCCUCCCGCGCAAAAACAAGUCAAAUGCCGUAGCUCCUGCAUUGGGAGACGACUCGGAAUCCAUAUCCUCUGUUUCCACGCAGUCCACGACACCUCCCAACGAUCCUCAGGAGGUGUCCAACUCAUCAUUCACGGGCCAUCGAUCUCUUCUACGUCCCGUGGAUGGGUCAGGCCACAAGCGAGGCGCGUCCCUUUCGUCCCUCCGCAGCCGAAAAUCUCCUCGUAGCUCGGGCGAUUUUAGUCGCCCGGCGGUGCUCUACCGCGAGGAACAGCGCGUUUCCCUUCGCGCGUUUCUUCGCACAUUCCUGCAAAACGAACACAUCGCCCGCAGCCCCGCGAUGCAGGAGUUCCUAACGGGGAACGUCGUCCAACCCAACGAGGAAGAGUUGGAGGACAUCGAGCGCCGGCAGGGACUCGACGAACGGCGCCUGGAAGAGCAGCAGAAGUUCUACGAGAUUGCUAAGCAGCGCGCGGCGGACCUGGACAAGCACAUGGAGAAGUUCCGGCGCGACGUCGUCGAGCGGAACGGGCUGUCGAAGCUGUUCCAGGAGAUUCGGGAGAAAAGCACCAUCGCGGAGCUCAAGCCGGAGUACCGCGUGUUUGCCGAGUGGCUGCGCAUCGAGGUGGCCGCGACGAUCUAUCAUCUCUUCCUCGCCGAGGACAAUUCCCCCGAGCUGUUCGCCCAAGCGAAACGCAUCCACUCGCUCAUCCCAUAUUCCCUGCUCAAAAACGUCAUCCGGAUCGCCAACCCGGCCGCGGUCAUGGCGGGCGUGCUCGAUCUCUUUCUCGCGCAGCCGUUCGGGACGCGCUCGCUGAUGCAGCGGAUUUUCGGUAUGGCCAUCCACGACGGGAUCAGUAACAUCCAGAAAUCCGUCGACGUUGUGCGAGGAAAGGUUGACGACGAUGUCCUGUCAGACAAGAUCAAAACGUUUGUGGAGGCUGAUGAGGACGUCAAGGCUAUCAUACGGGAGGAAGCGGUCGACGACAACGUCGAUCCUGUCGUUGCCGUGUUGCGCUCGGCGCUCAUCGAGCCUCCACUCACGCCGGAGCAGAUUGGGAAGGUUUUCAACGCCUAUGUUGCUUGGACGAAUGCUGUUGAUAAUGUCGACGAGGAGAUGAAGCAAGGGGCUGAAUUGUUCGCGCAUCUCAAACAGCUACUAAAGCUGAGUCUACGACAGCGGGACAAAUCCAUGAUGCUGCAGAUGAUUGAAGAGCCUACCACCCUCCAACUCUUCAAGGAUCUCUUCACCAUCUUCUACGAACCCCUCGUCCGCGUCUACAAGUCCGCAAACGUGUACAACAGCAUCACCGACUUCGCCUCCUUCGUCGACGAUACGAUCAAGACCGUCGAAGCCGCCCAACGGCAAGAUUUCUCCGCCGACCCCAACCAGACCGUGCAAGCCUUCAUCGACCUGUGCGCGCGGCACGAAGACGACUUCUACAAGUUCGUGCACGAGGUACACACCCACGACGACGGGCUCUUCGACCGGCUGAUGGGGUGGAUCGAGGAGCUGCUGCAUUUCCUGAAACAGGGACCGCGUGGGGGGGGGCGGUUGGACAUGAACGCGCUGUAUCAAGGGGCGGUAGACGCGAAUGUCAUCGACGGGGCGGCAGCGACGCGGGAGAUCAACGCGCUGAUCAAGUGGCAGAUGGCGCGGAAGAAGUGGCAUCAGGACAAGACGCGGCAGAAGAUGGCGACGGGGGAUGGGUUGGAUGAGACGCGGAUGCCGGGGAUGAACUCGUUCAAGAGCAGCGAUUUCGGGCUGAAUGAGGUCGAUCUUGAAGACCUCGAGCUCGACGACCCCAGCGACAGCGACGAUGAGUCCGAGCUGGACGAUGAAGACGUGGUCGAUCCCAUCGCGGCGGAGCGGAAGCGGCGGCAGCGGCGGUCGGAGACGUUAAGGCGGUCGGCCGGGGAGCCGAAGAAGCCGGAGGUGACGGAGUUGAAGAAGCUGACGGGGAGUUUCAAUACCAUGCUGCGGUCGGUUCUUGCGGAGUGAUGCGGCUCAAUUGCGCUGGUGGGGAUCGACGCCGUCGGGUGACAGACGUCAUUGGGGAUGGGUAGAUGAUGCAUAGCGUACGGACGGCAUGGACUGGAUGGGUGGGCGUUUCAUGGAUUUUGAAUUAAAGUCCGGGGGUUGCUCUGGGCUUGGAAUAUUGAUACCAAAACGGGUAUGGUACACCUGCAACCAGGACAGGCCUACCGAGUUUAGAAUCCCUAGAUAUUUGUACAACCAUCGACCACGCCGUCCUUGAGACGUAGACUUUUGUUUCCCUAAAAACGCCG